UUCGGUGCCAGGUAACCCGAAUCCGAUUUAAUUCGGCCCGGUUCGGAUCCAGACACCGCCCCUGCUUCGGGUCUUCUUCCUCGGCGCGUGCGAUUCGAUCCCACCAUCUCCGACGACGACGGUCGCCUCUUCAAAUCCGUUCCAUCCGCGGAGCCGACGCUCGGUCCUUCGACGCCGCCGCUCGCUUUGAUUGAUGUCGUUAGAGAGGAUCGAAUGAAGCCUCUUCCGUUGCCACAUCCCCAUCAACCCUAGAAUUCGAAAUCCUCCAUUUCUCGUGUGAAGCGAUUCAACUCUUCGUUUCCGCGCCCGUUUCUGCUAGUGAUAAUCUCGAAAGGGGCCUUUGUUUCUUGCGCCAAUGGACGGUCGUGGCGAUCUGCCGAUGAGUUCUCGGCAUUCAAAUCUUAAGAAGUCCUUUAAGCUCGGCAUUCGUUCUCUUCUCACGGCCUUCUCCAAAGAGGAUGUGGAGAAAGCAUUUCCAACAAUUACCAAUUCUGAGAGAGAAAGCCUUUAUCUCAUGUUUGUACAGGUGCUUAAGUCAUUACAUGAGAAUAUAGAGGAGGAGUUCGAAUCUAUAUGUCAAGAGACAGAGGUAGGUAAGACUCUUGAUAUGAUAGAGCAACUUGUGGAAGAGCAUAACCUUGAUGUCCUUGCUGCAGAUAAGACAGACAUAGGAGGCAUCACAGAGAAGAUAUUAAAAGCAAAGAAGGAUGAAAUCCAAGACUUGACGAGUCUGUUGCAGAAGGUUGAUGAUUACAACAAUGUUAUGAAAGCUCGCAUUGAGUCGCUUAAGACUAGUCAGGAUCUCUCCACUGCAGACAUUGUGGAGCAGUUGAGAAGCUGGAAUGGCAACUUUGAAAAGUACCAUGGCAGCUUGAACGGGUGAAGCCAGUGUUUGGUGAAAAAUCCCACAUGUCAAAGCUUAAGCUAUGAGAGAAUCUUUCCAAUUGUUCGUCUCAGUUCCAGUGAAGGAAGAUUGAGCUUAAGAUUUGCUCCUUUGUUUCACUGUCACUGAUCAAGAAACAAGAUAUAACUAGCCUCUACAGAAUCUUUGACUACAUUUUCUAUUGCAAUUAUAGAUAAGGGCAUCAUCCUUACAGUUUGCAGUUGCAUCUUUUUCAUGAAUGAUUAUGAAGCUACAUUGGACUGCUGCCUUGACAGAUAUUUGCUUCUACUUGUUUGCUCAAUCAACUGCUGUACAUUUGAUGAAUAGGUGUUUGCUUAGAUCAACCAAGAUGUUUUCCUCGAUCAACAGUUGUAUUGUAAGUGUAUUUCAGAUAAGUGGAACUUGAACAAAGAUCUGUCAUGCAUAA